AUGGAGGCCGGCUGCCUCCACGCGUGCCGCGGCCACCCGUCGAUCAUCGGGAUCCAGGAUGUCGCCGCCGACCCCAGGACCGGGGACGUCCACCUUGUGUUGGAGCUGGUCCACGGCGGGGUAAGCCUGCGCGACUCUAUGUGGAGACCCUUGUCCGAGGACGUGGUCCGCGAGAUGAUGCAGCAACUCGUCAGCGCUGCCAAGAAGAUCCAUGGUGUGGGCUUCAUCCAUCGCGACAUGAAGCCAGAUAAUAUCCUCGUCUGCCCUUUCGGCGAGCUCAAAGUCUGCGAUUUUGGAUCGGCGACGCGACAGAAGCCUGCCGGGAAGGAGCAUGAGGCGUACCCCGUCGGGACGCUGCAGUAUAUCUCGCCGGAGCUGCUCAACGGCAAUUGGUACUACGUCCCUGCUGUCGACAUGUGGGAGCUCGGGUGCGUUAUGGCGGAGCUUCUGAGCGGUGAGACUCUGUUCCAGGCGGAGACAGGGCCGGAGAUGCUUGACGAGAUGUCCGAGCUUCGAGAUCGGAUGGCCUCUGCUGCGGGGAAGCUUGAUCCGGAGUGCGUGGCAGAUCUGUCGGAGGAUGGUCGUGAUGUGCUGACGGGCCUGCUGGCCUUCUGCCCUGAGAAGAGGCUCACCGCAGCGGAAGCGCUUGAGCACCCGUGGUUCAAGAACUUCAAGUCACCCUGGAUACAUGCCAUUGUUUAG